AUGUCCCUGGUCAGUCCCUUCAGGGACCGUCAACACAAUUGGGCUCUCGUUACUCUCUGGGCCGCCGCAGCGGUCUCCGUUCCCUACUUCACACUCCAAUUCAUCCGAAGUCGACGGCAGCAAUCCAAGACGGGUGAUGAUAAUAUUACUACUGCUGAUGCUAAUAAUAAUAACAAUGAUAAAUCGGCUUCAAUUCCGUCGCUACCUCUCCUGCUGGCUGCGCGGAGCCACGCGCAGAAAGAUGCCCGCAAAAUCGCGAUUGUGGACACUGCCAAGGGUGAAAGCUUCACUUACGCCCAACUCCUAGUGGACGUCUCGUCCCUCAAGAAGCAGGUUCUAGAGUCCCUGGAGCUGGUGUUGACGGGGGAUUUGGAGGAGCGACGCAUUGCGUUUUUGACACCGGCUGGAUACGACUAUGUCGUCUGCCAAUGGGCUGUAUGGGCUGCUGGCGGAGAAAUCAUAUACACCAUUACAGACUCAGACCCGUCAUUGAUCAUCCUCCAUCCCUCGUUUAACUAUAUGAAAGCCGCAAUCCAAGAAACGUGCCCCGAUAUCCCUUUUUUCAACCUUACCCCGUUUGUCGCGAGGAGCACAGAAUCUCGAACGUCCUUACCCCCGUUCCACGCCUCCCUCCCCCAAUCCAGACGCGCAUUGAUGAUAUACACCUCCGGAACAACCUCAAAUCCCAAAGGCUGCGUGACAACCCACAAGAACAUAAUAUUUCAAUCAGAAUGCCUAGUCAAAGCAUGGAAAUACACCCCGACCGACCACCUCAUCCAUAUCCUACCCUUACAUCACGUACAUGGGAUCAUAAACGGGCUCACAGCCACCCUCCUCGCCGGCGCGACGGUGGAAAUGCACCCCAAAUUCGACCCCGCCGUCGUCUGGCAGCGGUGGUGCGAUAAGGGAUCGUCGACGAUGUUCUUCGCCGUCCCAACCGUAUACUCGCGCCUCGUGGAUUACUUCGAUGCGCACAUCCGAUCCACGGAGCUGGAGCUGGAUGCGCGUCAGGGCGCGCAGGCGCUGCGACUCGCCGUCAGCGGCUCCGCGGCCCUGCCCACGCCCAUCAAGACGAAGUUUGCGGAGAUCACGGGCCAGGUGCUACUGGAGCGGUAUGGCAUGACGGAGAUCGGGAUGGGGAUUAGCUGUGGGUUAGAUGUUGAGACGAGGAUUGAUGGUAGUGUCGGGUGGCCGUUAUCGGGUGUGCAGGUUCGGCUUACCGAUAGGGAAACUGGGGAGGUAGUUGGUGCGGCGACGGGGGCGGAGGAGGAAGAAGCGGGAAUGAUUGAGGUGAAGGGCGAUAACGUGUUUUUGGAAUACUGGCGACGGCCGGAAGCCACCGCGAAGGAAUUUACGGCCGACGGGUGGUUCAAGACCGGCGAUGUUGCGAAACGGGAUUCGAACGGGGCGUAUUACAUCCAGGGGCGGGCGUCGGUUGAUCUGAUCAAGUCUGGUGGGUACAAGAUUUCUGCGCUGGAGGUGGAGCGGAAGAUGUUGGCGUUGGAGGAGAUUCAGGAGGUUGUGGUUGUGGGGCUUGCGGACGAGGAAUGGGGGCAGAGGGUUGCGGCUGUUGUUAAGCAGCGGGAGGGGACUCCAACGCUUGAACUAAACCCGCUGCGUACUCGACUGAAAGAAGAGAUGGCCCCGUACAAGAUACCGACUGUGCUGAAACUUGUGGAUAGUAUCGAGCGGAACGCGAUGGGGAAGGUGAACAAGAAGGAUAUCAUCAAGACCUACUGGCCGGAUAAAGCAUGA